AUGGUUUUCAAUGCCUCUCGUCUCUUGGGGAAGACUGUACUUGUCACAGGCAGCAGCGCCGGCAUAGGAAAAGCCACCGCUAUUCUAUUUGCCAAGGCUGGAUCCAAUGUCAUUCUUCUUGCACGUCGCGCAGAAGCACUAGCAGAAGUCAAGCAAGCAUGCAUUGAGGCACAUAAGGCGUCAAAUCUGCAAGAAGGUGGCCAGUUUGCAGCCAUUCCCUUCGACGUUUCCGACCGUGUCGCAAUUGGCAACCUGUUUUCUCUCAUCCCCACUUCCUUGCGCAACAUCGACAUAUUAGUCAAUAAUGCUGGAUUCGUUGUGGGCCGCGACAGUGUCGGUGAUUUGGACGAAAAAGUCGUGGAAUCUAUGUUUGCAACCAACGUUCUGGGACUCAUAUCCUUGACCAACCUCUUCGUGAAGGACUUCAAAACUCGGGGCACAGGACACAUUAUCAACCUGGGCUCAGUAGCUGGGCGUGAACCAUACGCUGGGGGAAGCAUUUAUACCGCAACUAAGCACGCAGUCAACGCAUUCACCGCGUCUAUGAUGCGUGAGCUCAUCAACACGCCCAUUCGAGUGACGGAAAUACAGCCAGGAAUGGUGGAGACGGAAUUCAGCCUGGUCCGAUUCAAAGGUGAUGCGGACGCUGCCAAAGCAGUCUAUGCUGGCAUGGAACCUCUCACCGGCGAAGACAUUGCAGAAGAAAUUGUCUGGGCUGCAUCCCGUCCACCCCAUGUCAACAUCGCGGAGACCCUCAUCUUCCCGGUCAACCAAGCCUCGGCCACCACAUUUUACCGUGCACCAGCGUGA